GUUGGCUCCUUAUACAUACUGGUACAUAUCACGUUACACGAUAACUAUUUAGAUGAUGUCUGCAGCAUUAAAAUGUUCUUAGAAAAUUAUCCAACAGUUGAGCUCCCAAAAGUUUAUAUUUCAGCAUCUCGAGUUCGCGCUUGUGUUCGGUCUCCGUGUAAUACUUCCCCAGGGCGCUUUCUCCGCUCAGGAGGGAUCAGCGAUAUCAUGCAUGGAAUUUAUUAUUUAUUAUUUAUUAUUUAUUAUUUAUCACUUAUCAUUUAUUUUGCACAGUUUCUUUUUCUAUUUUCCCUUCUUCUUCCUCCUUUCAAACAUACAUUCCAAUCCCCGUUACCAUUGGGCACGAACAUCUCAAAUUCAAUCCAGGCAGCUCAUGGGCAGUGUCCAGGGAGGUAAGUAUGUGAAUAUUUACGCGGUUCCGAAAAGAUCCAGGGUUGGGAAUAUGAUGAAAACGGCUACGUACUACUCCGUACUAGUUCCGUAGCACUAGGGUAUCGCCAUAGAUGAUAUCAAAGUACAUGUAGGGAAAAAGAAAAGAAGAACAUUAAGCAAAAAAACCUCCGAUUCGCAUCCAAAAUCAUUCGAAGAGUAGGAGGAAUAUUGCCCGCAAGUUCAG